UAUUUUCAUAGCUUAUGGAAUGAAAUAAUUUCAAGAUUCAAGCUAGUCUCAAAAUUUUCAGUAAUUUCUCAAAAUGCUGCCCUGGUUCAGAGCUGUGGCUCUCCCUGCCCUGAGGGCGUUGCCAGCUGCCUCUAGUCUUCAGCCACAUGUCUCCCGGGUGCUCCAAGCUUCCCCGCGUCUCUACGUCAUCAGCCCAAGUCUCGACACAAGCCAGACGUAUCGAGCCUUCGCUUGUACAACAUGUGGAGGAGGAAGUUUCAAACCAACUCCCAAACCCAGUCCUGCAAAAUCACAAGCGAAGAAAACCAAGACUACAGAAGCGAAGAAGACCAAGACUGUAGAAGCGAAGAAGACCAAGACGGCAGCUAAGAAACCGGCCGCUGGUAAAAAAUCGUCAAAGGGAAAAAAUAAGAAGCCUUGUCCUAAAAAGGAAGAGCCAAUUGAGGAGAAAAAAGUGGAAAAGAAGAAGUGCGUGAAGAAAACUUGGCAUCCAAAAUGCGGUUCAUGAUUUAAAUACACUUUCCACAUUGCCACUGUCAAAUAUUAAAAUCAAGUUUUAAUAGAA